AUGUCGUACGAACCUAAGAAGGAGGACAUCCAACAGGAGGAGGAUCCUAAUCACAGAAUCCGAAUCACCAUUUCCUCCAAGAACUGCAAGGCGAUCGAGCGCAUCUCCAACGAGAUCGUCCGAUCCGGCAAGGACAAGGGCCUCAAGGUCAAGGGACCCAUCCGACAGCCCACCAAGACUCUUCGAAUCACCACUCGAAAGACUCCCAAUGGUGAAGGUUCCAAGACCUGGGAUCGAUACCAGAUGCGAAUCCACAAGCGUGUGAUCGACUUGGUCUCCUCCACCGAGAAGGUCCGACAGAUCACCCAGAUGUCCAUCGACCCCGGCAUCGACGUCGAAGUCACCAUCUGCGACUAA